GCACGCUGCCAUAAAAAUCUAAUAGAAGAAGCAGAACUUUUCUUCCGCUGGUAAAGGUCACGGGUCGGAGUAAAGAUGGCGGCCCCGGACGAGUUGUUUUGCUGGGAAGGAGACUGGGGUUUACCGUCCAUUAGCGUCGACUGUCUGGUGGUUCUGGCCUACGCUCAGUUUGCAGGCGCUCCUCUCAAACUUCGGAAAAUCUCCAACCCCUGGAGGAGCCCGAGCGGUUUUCUUCCUGCUCUGAGGACCAAUGGGAAAGAAACUCUGUCCAGACCUUCUGACAUUAUCAUCCACCUCAGAAAACAGAAAUACAACGCAGACUUCGAUCUGUCAGCCAAGGAAGGAGCUGACAGCCUAGCCUUCAUCUCUCUGAUGGAGGAGAAACUUAUGCCUGCUCUGGUAAGAAAACCUACACGUCUUGUUAGGAAAACAUUCCCACACACAAAGCAUGGCUCCUGUUUUCAGAUCUACGCUUUCUGGAUCGAGCCAAAGAACUACGUGGAUGUGACUCGCUGCUGGUACGCUGCGCACAUGCCCUUUCCUCUGAACUUUUUCCUGCCCGGACGAAUGCAGAGGCAGCAGCUGGAAAAACUCCGACUGCUGCGAGGGGACGAGGGCCUAGAGGCAGGAGAGGACCUGGAGAAGGAGCUGUACCGUGACGCUGCUGAGUGUAUGAACCUACUGUCCCAACGACUGGGCUCACAGAAGUUCUUCUUUGGAGACUCCCCUUCGUCUCUAGAUGCUUAUGUGUUUGGACACCUGGCUCCCAUCCUCAAGUCCAAACUGCCGAAUGGGAAACUUCAGCAGCAUCUGAAAUCCCUUGACAACCUGACCAACUUCUGCACCAACAUCCUGCUGCUCUACUUCCCCAGAGAUGGACAAGAGAGCUCCGGUCCAAAGGGGUCUUCACAGCCUGAAGGUGGAGACUUUGAUCACGUCCCCCACAAGCGCAGGAAGCAGUUCCUGUCGGCCCUGGUGGCUCUGGGGGCCAUGCUGAGCUACGCCUUCAUGACCGGCAUGGUGUCCAUCCAGCACAUCCAGCAGGAGGCGCUGGAGGAGCCUCCUGACCUGCAGCCCCUCGGCUCCCACGAGGAGGAGGGGGACGGCUGACCCACAGGCCUAAAUAGUUUUUGCUGUCCGUUAUUACCACCUCCAAACCGAGCUAGAGAAGACGUGUCGGUGUAAGAUUUACUGAAUGAAAAAUAUCUCCUUCAAUGAGCGGACGGGAGCGUGUGGCGCUGGUUCAUGUGCAGAGAUGUAAGAAAUCACAGUUCUCCAUGUACAGAUUCUUUUUGGUUUUAUGUCUAGUUCAUUUGUAAGCUCACAGCUUUUCAAAGAGAAACCUUUGAUUUUAGUUUAAAUAAAAUCGAUUCUUUUCUCCA